AAAUUGGUGGAAAUCGAGGAUUUUUGUAAAAAAAAAAAAAAAAAAAAAAAUUAUCCUCGAAGUGAAAAGUGCUUAUCAAAAUUCAGGCUAAAGUGGAAUCUGUCCAAGUGGAAUCGGCCAUGGGCCUCGUCUCGUCCACUUUCGCCUCCUUGGCCAUUCAAUUGGCCUGGAAUUGCCAGAGGCUUCUAGACCCGCAGUACAGAUGCGUAGAGAGGAAACGAGCGACGGAAUCCCCAUCACCGGACAACCGGAAGCUGGCUCAUUUGGUUGAUCAUGAAUCGCAGCGGCCAACCACAGUCAUCGACCAACGCAGUCCAGUAACCCACCUGAAUCAAAAAACACGUGUGAUUAAUCGUCAACGAUACAGGAAGAGACCUGCCAGCUUCGACACUGCGAUGAUAACGAAUCGAUGUGACAAUUCGUCGGCUGUUCGCGUCACCUGCGUCGUCACUUCAACCCCCAGCAUGAAACGCAACCCUCAACCCCAGUUCUGGGACGUCACUUCGUCCUCAGGCUGCUCUUCAGACUCCGGAUCGUAUUUGGAUUCGGAUUCAGACGUGGAAGAUCGUCUGAACGAAGCAUUCAUAGUAAAGAAACCCGCAGACACUGAGGACGAGAAAGAGUUUUCGAUGUCGGCAGAAGAAGAGGCGGCCCUGAGGAUGACAGUGGGUCGAGGUCACUUCAGCAGGUCAAAAAAAGAUAGAUUCCUGAACCAUUUGAGGUUGGAAAAACGGCUCAACGGUCUGAGCGAUAACUUCUGUGGAGCAAAUCACCGUGGUCGUGGUGGUAUAACGGGUAGACGUUACUCUGGAGAUCUCUACAGGGUCUUGUACUAGUCUAGAUUAAGAAUUUUACCACGGAAUACACCCUAUAGAACUUAAUCGAGUAAUCUAAAACGGUUGUGAGAUUAGAGGGGAACACUUUCACAGUUAUUUGGAUGAAACGAUAGCUGUUUGGCACUCGAGGAUCACGUGAAGCGUGUGAGGAUGGAGGAACUUGAGUGUGAUACAAGUUCCAAUCCAACAUCUUCACAUGCCUGUGCAAAUUGUACAGUGUUCAUUGAGCAGCCGAGGCUUCUGCAGAUAAGUGUUCAUCUCUCAUGUGAAACGCGGGGUUUGAUUUACGAGGCGAGUAUGGGUCACUAGUAAAGCCCUAACGAGGCCAAGAACGAAGCUAGCCUGCGAUAAAGGAAUACUCGAAUCACAUACGCCUGUGUGGAUGAUGAAGCGUCUUGGGAAACUUCGCGAUCCACGAUCGAAAUUUUGUGAUAAUAAUUUCUCGAUUCCAGAAUGGUAACGGCUUCGUAAUCGCGAUGUUAACUAUGGACGAGUUCGAGUCAUGAUGUCGUUCGAUGUCAAUCAGUGCAAAGCCAAUUCCCUGUCUAUUUGGCUCUUUAAAGUCAUCUGAUAUUUAACACGAUUGUUUUGCCCCUUGUCCCUGAAGCGUGACGUGUGCGAUACCUACUCGACGCGAACUUGAGACCAUUUACAAUCGUUCUGCAUCAUCGCGGAUGCUCGCUAUAUACAGCUUGAAACCUCAUUUAGGAUAUCAAAGUCGGUUUAGUGCAGGCGGAUUUUUAUUUAUCGAAUCUCAUACAUAGUAUAUACGUGUCAUUGUAAACUGGUACGUUUAGGGACUUCAGCCAAGGUUUAUACACAUGAUUGCUUUGAACCAGACACCUUGAGUUGGAGUUUUUCUUUUUUCGACAGUUUAGAUAUGGUAGCGAAAAGCCGCUUAUACGAUGAGUAAACUGAACUAUGUUUGAUAUUUGAGCAAAUGAUUCUUCGGUCAUUUCAUAUUUUAUUUAAAUGUAGGUUAUAGCUGGUAUUACGAUUCAUGGUUUAAUAUAUUCAUAUCGGGUCAGUUGAGUCAGAAUGCCGCGUGUUCGAUAAAAACUUGAAACUUUUUUCUUCGUUUUUUUUUCUCCUUUGUCUCUGUUUAAACUGUAAUUUUCAUCAAACA